AUGUCAUCGCAAGAGAACCUGGUCAUCAACCACGUCGCCAUCGGGGUGCCCAACUGCGAGGACGCGGCCUCCUUCUACACGUCUGUCUUUGGUUUCCGCGUCCUCAAAUGCGCGACCCGGGACCGGAGAGAAAGCCCGGGAUCGCCCAUGUUCGCCAUGUACGGCUCGAAGCUCCAACGGGUCAAGCUCGUGUUCAUGUCCGCAGGCAACGGAGUCGGGUUCGAGAUCUUCGAGUUCGUCGAUCCCCCCCACGAAGCGAACCAACGUCCUCCUGUCAAGUUCGAAGACGGCGCGUACACGCGAGGCGGCUUCUUUCACAUCGCCGUCACCUCAGCGGACCCUGGUGCUCUGGCCGCGCGUGUCGUCGAGAACGGGGGGAGGAAGAUCUCGACCGAGGUCGAUCUGUUCGGCGAGACGGCGAUUUACAUUGCCGACCCGUGGGAGAAUGUGAUCGAGGUGAUGAGCUGCAGUUUCGAGCGGCUAGUUGUUGGGAAAACGCCUGGAUCGUGA